CCUUCAAAAGAGUUUCCUCUCGCAUCCUAGCUGGAGUAUGAUGUGUUAUGGGGAGCUUUUUCUGGCAGUUUGAAAGCAGAGGCCUGCCAACAGAUACAGAUGCCCCCAGGAUGUUAGAUACUUCAGUUAUCAGAUACAGAAUAUAAAAAAACUAUAUAGGUCCAGUCUAGCCUCCUCUGGGAGCGGGCAGUUGGCGAGCCCACGCUAACCUGCGCAACUCUGUCCUGAUCCCCGAGUUCUCACACGGUGCCCAGACAGAUCAGAUCGAAGCCAUGGCCAUUCUUUUCGCUGUUGCCAGGGGAACCACUAUCCUUGCCAGACAAGCUUGGUGUGGAGGCAACUUCCUGGAGGUGACAGAGCAGAUUCUGGCUAAGAUACCUUCUGAAAAUAACAAGCUAACGUACUUACAUGGCAAUUAUUUGUUUCAUUACAUCUGCCAAGACAGGAUUGUAUAUCUUUGUAUCACUGAUGAUGAUUUUGAGCGUUCCCGAGCCUUUAAUUUUCUAAAUGAGAUAAAAAAGAGGUUCCAGACCACAAACGGUUCAAGAGCACAAACAGUGCUUCCGUAUGCCGUGAAUAGUGAGUUCUCAAGUGUCUUGGCUGCACAGCCGAAGCAUCACUCCGAGAAUAAGGGCCUAGAUAAAGUGAUGGAGACUCAAGCCCAAGUGGAUGAACUUAAAGGAGUCAUGGUCAGAAACAUAGAUCUGGUGGCUCAGCAAGGCAAAAGAUUGGAAUUAUUGAUAGAUAAAACAGAAAAUCUCGUGGAUUCGUCUGUCACCUUCGAAACAACCAACAGAAAUCUUGCCCGAGCCAUGUGUGUGAAUAAUCUCAAGCUCACCAUCAUCAUCAUCAUCUUAUCAGUCGUAUUCAUCUAUAUUAUUGUGUCACCUCUCUGUGGUGGAUUUACAUGGCCAAGCUGUGUGAAGAAAUAA